AUGAUCAUCGGGGGAUCGCAAUUCUAUCGUGAUUCGAUCUCGUCGAUCAAAGCUUAUGGACGGAAGGCGGAGACGAGUUCAAGCUGGCCGGCUCGGUCCCCAACCGACGACGUCAGUAACGAUACGAACGUCUUCGAAGAGCGGGAAACCAUCGGAAUCAACAAACCUCACAGCGACCCAUUGGUUAUCGAUCUGGUGAUCCAAGACCUGGAAGUGGGAAGGAUCUUUAUCGACACGGGAAGCACAGUCAACGUCAUCUUCCGCGAUACCCUCCGGAGGAUGAACAUCGAACUCGGAGAAGUCGUCCCGGAACCAAAAAAUCUCACCGGUUUCUUAGGUGCAACGUCAAUGACCCUCGGAUCAAUCAAACUCCCAGUGAUGGCUAAAGAGGUGACGAAAAUCAUUGACUUCGCGGUAGUCGAUAACCCGGCCAUUUACAAUGUCAUCAUGGGAACUCCUUGGAUCAAUGCCAUGAAAGCGGUACCGUCGACUUACCACCUUGGAAUCAAGUUCCCAACUCCAAACGGUACAGCGGUAAUCUGGGGAUGCCAGAAACAGUCUAGGCUCUGCUUCUUGGCCGAGCAUAAACUACGAGAAACUCGGAACACCCCCGCGGUCAACCCGAAGCGGGCUAAGAAAGCUAAAAACACUCCCGAGAGCUCCAUAAAAAGUGAUCCAGAAUCACCCGACCAGGCAACGACUCCAAACAGCGACAUAGUGCCCGAGUCCAUCGCCUUGCCAGCAGACAGCCCGACUCCUGAAACGGUCGUCGAUCCAAGUGAAGCCCCAACGGCUGAAGUAACCGGAACGAUCCCAUCCAGCGAGUAG